AUGGAGUGCGUCAAGCGCAUUGCGCAGUCGGGUCGCACGGUCGUGUGCACGAUCCACCAGCCGUCGACCGUCCUUUUCGAGCUCUUUGACAAGCUGCUGCUGCUCCAGUCGGGCGGCCAAAUGGUCUACUACGGCCCGCUCGGUCUCGAGUCGGUCGAGAUGCUCGAGUACUUUGGUCAAUUCCGGGGUCUGCCGCCGCUCCAGCGUGGCGAGAACCCGGCCACGUACAUGCUCAACUGCAUCGGCGCCGGUACGAAUGGUCCCAGCGUCGAUGUCGACUUUGCUGACUCCUAUACGACGAGCCCUCUCGGUGCCAUCAACGCGUCGCUGAUCGCGGCAAGCUGCGCGCCGACGAGGCCACACGCCAUGACAACACUCCGAACUCAUGACGCGGUGUCGUUUCUGCGCCAAGUGCAGCUGCUCACGGGCCGGCAGUGGACCAUGUACUGGCGCAGUCCGACGUACAAUGCGUCACGGCUCGCGCUCGUCGUCGUGCUCUCGGCCGUCUUUGCCUCGCUCUACUGCAACAGCCGCAUCGAGUCGGUCAUGGACGUUGUCGCUCGCAUGGUGCUCAUCUUCACCGGCGUCGUCUUCAUCUCGGUCUCGAUGAUGUCGACGAGCAUCCCGUACAUGGCCAAGUUCCGCGGCGUCUACUACCGCGAGCGCAUGUCGAGCAUGUACGCGCCGUCGUCGUACGCGAUCGCGCUCUUUGUCGUCGAGUUGGUCUAUGCGACCGUGCUGGCGACCAUCUACUUCAACGGGUGGUACUGGCUCGUGGGCCUGAGCACGUCGCCGUCGGCGUACCUCUGGUUUUGGCUCGUACUUUCGCUGAGCAUGGCCAUGUGGUCGUACAUUGGGCACCUCCUUGUGUUUGCGCUGCCGACGUUCCAAGUCGCUGUGCUGCUCUCGAGCGGCCUUGCCGCCCUCCUCUUCGUCUUUUCCGGGUACAUGAUCAACGGCAACACGCUCAGCCGCGGGUGGCGCUGGAUGUACGCGGCGAGUCCGCUCCACUACACGUUCGAGGCGAUUCUCAUGACGCAGUUCCACGGCGACAACCGGUUGGUCGCCAACCCGCUCAGUUCCCCCGUGCACAUGCAGCCGGUUGAGGACUUUGUCGGCGCCUUUUUUGCCCACUCGUUCGACUACGCCAACCGGUUCUACGAUGCCAUGCACCUCGGUGUCAUCCUCGUCGUGAUCCAACUGGCGCUGCUGCUCUGCUUGGCCAAGGUCUGCCACCUCGAACGCUAG